AUGUGUCCUCCACGCUACGCCACUCCACUGUGCCUGCUCAGCCUGCUGUGCCUGGCCAGCGCCCAGCUGGACAACUGCAGCAAGGAUCCUGUCACGCUGCUCUGCCGCGGCGAGCGCGCCAUGCGGAAUGUGCUGCGCAAUCUGAGCAAGAGUGACAAGCCCCUGGUGAUAGUGCGUGGCCUGGAGAUAGUCCCACUGCCCAACGAAGUGGAGGCGCCGCCGACAGCAGACCCCAACGCGGAUGCGGACGCCACGCUGCUGGACAGUCUGUCCACGUAUCUGCGCACGCACGAGCUGAACCUGAAGCUGGCCGAUUUGCUGGACGAGGCCAGUCCCAGUGAGGCACGCAAGAAGGACAAAGGACAGGGCCUGCUGCUGGCCAUGGCACUGAUGUUUGGCAAAAUGAUGGCUGUGCUGGGCCUGGGCGGCAUCGGAGCCUUGGCCAUGAAGGCGCUGGGCGUGGCCAUGGUAGCACUCAUGAUGGCCGGCAUUCUAGGGCUGAAAUCAGCCUCCCAGCAGGGCCACGAGAGCAGCCACAGCAUCUCCUAUGUGACCGGCGAGGGACAUCAUCACAAGCGACGCCGUCGUGCCGCAACCAUUGUGGAGGAGCAGCAGCAGGAGCAGCAGCCGCAGCGCCUGGCCUACAGGGCCUGGCAGCGCUGA